AUGCAUAUACUUCAUCCGCCUUUUAAUUCUGUGCAACUAGCUAUAUGGUUCCUGCGGACUGGACCUGAAAAGUCAAUAGCUCCAGUUAUUGUGUCUUUUCCUAUAGAAUCAGUCUAUUCUCAUGCAAAAGUUAAUGAAUUUCCAGGUAAGGCUGAUAUGUCUUGUGUCGUUUACAAAAUUGGUGGAUGCAUGCAAGAAUUGUUAAAGUUGUGGAAGGAAUUUCAAUCAUCACAAGCUGAUAAAACAUGUGAAAUCUCUCAAACUGCUCCUACCCUAGAAAUCCGGAUACCAGCUGAACAUGUUACUGCUACAAAUCGCCAAGUGAGGGGUGGACAACUAUGGGGAACAGAUAUAUACACUGUUGACUCUGAUCUGGUGGCUGUUCUUAUGCAUACAGGUUACUGUCGCCCAACUGCUUCUCCUCCUCCAUCUGCAGCUCAGGAGCUGCGUGCUACCAUCAGAGUGUUACCUCCACAAGAUUGUUAUGUUUCUACACUGAGAAAUAAUGUCCGCUCACGUGCAUGGGGAGCUGCCAUUGGUUGCAGUUAUCGUGUUGAGCGAUGUUGCAUUGUGAAGAAAGGAGGUGGAAUCAUAGAUCUUAAACCUUGUCUCACGCAUUCUUCUACUUUGGAGCCUACUCUUGCUCCGGUGGCUGUGGAACGCACAAUGACUACAAGGGCUGCAGCUUCGAAUGCCUUGCGUCAGCAAAGGUUUGUACGUGAAGUCACUAUACAGUUCAACCUUUGCAUGGAACCUUGGCUUAAAUACAGCAUUAGUGCUGUUGCUGACAAAGGUCUAAAAAAGCCGUUCUUUACAUCUUCACGUUUGAAGAAGGGAGAAGUUCUAUACUUAGAAACUCAUUCCCGCAGGUAUGAGCUUUGCUUCAAUGGAGAAAAGAUGGUGAAGGCUGCAGCAGCGUCUCAAGCACUUGGAGCAGAGAAUGGGAGAACUCAUUCCAGCUCGCAUCUUAGCAAUGGUGAAAGAAGUGUGGUGGAUGGUGAAAGCACUGUGGAUAUAUUUCGAUGGGCUCGUUGUAAGAGACCCCUUCCACAAAAAUUCAUGCUCUCCAUUGGAAUCCCACUCCCCCUUGAACAUGUGGAGGUUUUGGAGGAGAAUAUAGAGUGGGAGGACAUUUUAUGGUCUCAAACCGGGGUUUGGAUUGCUGGGAAAGAAUACAAUCUAGCUCGGGCACAUUUUCUUUCCCCAAGCUAG